CUCCUGGCCGGCCUCGGCCUCAUCCUCAACUUCAUUUUCCAGUACGUGAUCCGCUCCGAGACGGUCAGCCUGCUGACGGUGGGCUUCCUCGUCGCCUCCUUCGCCGCCUCCGUGAGUAGCUUGCUGGCCAUCACGGUCGAUCGCUACCUCUCCCUCUACAACGCCCUCACCUACUACUCGGAGCGGACAGUGCUCCCUCUGCCUGGGGCUGCUGCCCAUAGCUCUCCAUCCCUCUGCCUGGGGCUGCUGCCCGUCCUGGGCUGGAACUGCCUCCACGACCGCGCCGCCUGCAGCGUUGUCAGACCCUUGACCAAGAGCAACGUGACGCUGCUGUCCGCCUCUUUCUUUCUCAUUUUCCUCAUCAUGCUCCAUCUCUACAUCGAGAUCUGCAAGAUCGUUUGCAGGCAUGCCCACCAGAUAGCUCUCCAGCAGCACUUUCUGACUGCUUCCCACUAUGUGGCCACCAAAAAGGGAGUCUCUACCCUCGCCAUCAUCCUCGGGACUUUCGGGGCCAGCUGGCUGCCUUUCGCCAUCUACUGUGUAGUGGGGGAUCCCGACUACCCCUCCGUGUACACCUAUGCCACGCUUCUACCCGCUACCUACAACUCCAUGAUCAACCCCAUCAUUUACGCCUACAGAAACCAGGAGAUCCAGAGGUCCAUGUGGGUGCUCUUCUGCGGCUGCUUUCAGGCUAAAGUGUCCUUUCGCUCCCGGUCCCCCAGCGAUGUCUGA